AUGUUACAAAUAGUUAAAUGCAUUAAUGAGUGCAAAACACAAGCGACUAACGCAAAGAAAUUGGUGGACAAUAUAAAAGAGAACUCGAAACAAAAGGGAACCGAUCGCACAGACCUGCUCUACGAACCGGUUAGCGAUUAUAUGAGCGAUGGAUCGUUUAGAGCCCUCGACACUGAACUCCAAUCCACUAAAACUGAUGCAAACACUCUUCUAAGCCAUACUCACGAACCCAUAGGACAUGUUCUCAACAAUACAAACAAUAUAAGCAAAAUUGCAGAAUCACUUAACUUAAGCUUCGAUAACAAACAAAUUAAUACCAAUGGGUUUGGGAGUGGGGGUGUGGGUGGGGGCGAGCCAUCACCCAAACCAAGUCCAAGACUUAUGCCAAAACCUCCGACCACUAAACCAGAAGUGCCUAAAAAUAAGCCUCAAAUCCUUCCUCGGAAACCAAUUAUGAAUAAUGUGGUGAAAACAGCACCAAAUUCUCAACUAAAAAGGCCGCCAUCAGAGCCGCCGCCGCCACCUCUGCCAAAGUCUCCGCCGCCGGUCUCAGCAUUUGGUAUACCUUCGGAUCUAAACUCACUUUUGAGUGAAAGUUCCAGUUAUUCGUCAAACUCUCAAAACCAAAGCGAAGAAAAUUACGAACAAAUUAUUUUACCGCUUACUGAAGAUGAAUAUCUGUCGCCCAUUAGUAUUGAAACGCCUGUCAUUAUGGAUGAAAACAAAUGUUUUGCUCCAAAAGCACAGUUCUCUUCCUCUCAAUCACUAAAUCAAUGUUUGUCUGAAGAUUACGAGCCGUUCCGUGAAAUGAGUAAAAGUGUUGAACAGAUCCAUCAGAUGUGCAUAAGUGAAGAGAAUUACGAAGAAGUCAAAGAGUUUAAUGAAAUAAAUGACAAUCAUUUAAAUUACAAACGAUCUGUCAGUCAAAGACCACUAUUGCCUAAAGUGAAGGAAACAUCAAUUGUGAACAAAUCUAAACUCAUUUCAGAUGUGUUUCCAAAUAUUCCGAAUUGGAAUCGAAAUUCAAAGGACAAGAAAAGUGGAAAAGAGAGACCAGAGAGACAAGAAAGUGACACCAAUUGCGAUGAGAACUCAUUAAAGUCUCAUUCACUUGAGUUUAUUAAUCACAACAAUUCUUUGGUUAUGGCUUAA